AGACUUCGUUUAUUGUCUCUUACAGUCACCUUUUAUGCCUUGUUAUAAUUAGCUCAUACAUAUUACAAAAGUUAAGCUCAUUAUUGGUUAGUUGCCUAAAUACCAAGCCCGCCCCUAGUUUCUCUUCUGUAGUUUUCUGUUCCCACCUGCAACAUUCUUUUCCCACCGCGAUCUUCCUGUUAUUAGUAACAAGGACAGCCAAAGACAGUGUAUUUUGCUUUACUUCAGAUAAGCUGAGAGCGAUGUGCAUUUUUGUCCAGCCAGCUGGACUAUGUCUAUGUGACCUCAGUCAGUCCUUCAGUAGCCAUUCUUCUUUGUACUUGCUCUUUUCUCUGGACCGUUUAUAAUCCUACAGGCAGGAAUAAAUAAUGCAAAGAGGCCUUACAUUUGUUUUUUUUACUUCUGGGAUAUAUUUAAUGUCCAUUGCUUUUUGCUUUUCAGCUGAAGAACUGGAAAGCUGUAGCUAUUCAUUUUUAGCUUACUCUUAAAAGACAAGUAACUUAAUCUCAUUGCUAUUAAAACAGUCUUGUAGUUCCAGGAAGAUGUGGCCAUAUGUCAUCAAUUCUUAUUAAUCUAUAUGUGAUUAGAUUGUCUCACCCUUCCUUUUUUCUUCCACUUUUGUUUUUUGAUAAAGGGAGCUUAGUUGGUUUCCCUAAAAAUAAGUUGCACAUUUGUGUUCAGCCUCAGCCACAAAACCUGACAGUGGGAGAUGCUUUGGUACUAGAAUGUGGAGCUGUUGGAAACCCAAUUCCUCGUUACCAGUGGUUCAGGAAUGGAUUUCCCUUGGCAAAUGGGAGCAAAAAUGUCUACAUGGUAAGUUACUGCAAAGUGGCAGCCUUGGGGGAGCUAAUAAUGGAACAUCAAGGGACGUAUUGGUGUCAUGUAUUCAAUGACCAGGAAGAUCAAGACAGCAAGAAGAUAGAAGUUGUAAUAGGAAGGAAAGCUAUGGCAGUGGAGUGCACAGAAGAAGGUCUAACUGAUCUUCAAAGACCAGCAGACUUACAAGAACAAUCAAAUCACAGAUCUGUUGCAACAGAUAAGGUAGCUCUGUUAAUAGGAAAUAUGAGCUACUGGAAUCACCAACUCAAGGCUCCAAUGGUUGAUGUCUAUGAAUUGACCAAUUUGCUAAGACAGCUGGAUUUCAAUGUUGUUUCUUUGCUGGAUCUUACUGAGUCUGAGAUGCGAAAUGCAGUGGAUGAAUUUUUACUUCUCCUGGACAAAGGAGUAUAUGGUUUGUUAUAUUAUGCUGGCCAUGGCUACGAAAACUAUGGAAACAGUUUUAUGGUUCCUAUUGAUGCUCCAAAUCCCUACCGAUCUGCCAACUGUCUGUGCGUGCAGAACAUCCUCAAACUAAUGCAGGAAAAAGAGACUGGACUUAAUAUAUUCCUACUGGAUAUGUGUCGGAAAAGAAAUGAAUAUGAUGACACAAUUCUUAUCUUAGAUGCUCUGAAGGUUACGGCCAACAUCGUUUUUGGAUAUGCAACGUGCCAAGGAGCAGAAGCUUUUGAAAUUCAGCAGUUGGGGUUGGCCAAUGGAAUCUUCAUGAAGUUCUUGAAGGACUGUUUGUUAGAAGACAAGAAGAUUACUGUACUGCUUGAUGAGGUUGCAGAAGAUAUGGGCAAAUGUCACCUUACCAAAGGCAAGCAAGCUUUGGAGAUCCGCAGCAGUUUGUCUGAGAAAAGGGCAUUAACUGAUCCCAUUCAACAAACGACAGCUUCUGCAGAGUCUCUGGCCCGGAACCUACAGUGGGCUAAAGCUCAUGAGCUUCCAGAAAGUAUGUAUCUUGAAUUCAAAUGUGGUGUUCAGAUUCAGUUGGGGUUUGCAGCCGAGUUUUCAAAUGUCAUGAUAAUCUACACACCAAUACUAAAGAAGCCACCUGAAAUAGUAGUUUGCAGAGCCUACGUUACAGACUUCGCACUUUUAAGUGACCUGGAUGUGGAUCCUAAAGAGGCCAAUAAAGGAACUCCUGAGGAAACUGGAAGCUAUUUAGUAUCAAAGGACCUUCCCAAACACUGCCUCUACACUAGGCUAAGUUCACUGCAAAAACUAAGGGAACACUUGAUCUUUACUGUUUACUUGCACUAUGAGUAUCCAGGAAUAGAAGAUACAAUGGAUGAAAGGAAGUAAGUUAAUGUUGAGAAGCCCCUUAUUGCUAAAUUAGGCCUUCAUCAUGGAUUCAGAAAUAAUAACUAUUUCCAGACCUGUUGCACGGCUAAUGAUUCUUUUCAUGUAGACUCAAGUCCAUUGACAACUAAAUACUACAUCCCUAGUCAUCACCAAACAACUUCCUGUCCAAGCAUUUACCAUCCUAACCAUAUUUGCUCAGACAGCAUCAGACAACCAGAAGCAUGUUCUUGCAAUAGGAGUUCAAGGAUAUUGGCUUCAAGACAUGAAGUACAGAAUUACUCAAGCCCUGUGGAAAAGAGCAAUGUACCAGUAGAGACCACUGAUGAUACUGUUGAACUGGAAUUCCUUCUGUCUGACAACCUCAGAUUCUCUAAACAGCCAUAGCUGUGAUUUGUACAGAAUAGACAAGAGUAUCAUCCUUGAGUAGCAAACCCUCCACACUGCUUAUCCAUCCUCUGGAGUUUGGGGGCUUCAGGACAAAGGGAUUGAAGAGUCUAGAGGUGGUACUGGAAAUGAGGUUGUGAUGAAAAUUUUCAGAUCCAAAGAGACAGAACUGGACUGACAGAUUUAGGAACAAAAAAGGCAUGAUUGGUUGGUUUUUUCCUCCUACCAUUUGACAUUUGAAAUGGGAAAAACCUGAACUCUGAUCAGAGUGUUCUGUUCCACUCUCUGGCAGUCAAGCAGCUAACACAUGGAAGUAGUCAUGCAUUUCUGGGAGGAAGCUGCCUAUCUCCAUUAGGGCGUGAAUGCAUGAAAGCCUGGCUGUGGUGUCAGAGCUUCUCUUGAAAUAGUAAAGCCUUGGAUCUUCCCAGCUACUUCUCUAGUACCUAUGGGAGUUGCAAGAUUUCCUGUAAAUGCAUUUUUCAUACAUCUUCUGUUUUCAGAGAGAAAUUGUUCAUCCUAUACAAAACCAAGAUAAACAUGCAUAGCUGUCAGAGGAAAAAAUGUUGACAGAAUUAAGCAAGAAGAUGAAUUUCCACGUCCUCUAUGAUUUAACAUGAUUUUAAAAAAAUCCAUUAGCCCCAUAUCUUUCUCUUUUCCAUCUUUCAGUUUCAGUUGUUCAAUAUCCAGGGAUUUCUUUUUACAUACUACAUUAAAAUAAGGUUUUAUGUGUUUAUAUAUAUAUUGUAACAGCCUCCUAUUGAGUACGUAAGAUGGCACAUAAUGUAAAUUAACUGAGCAGAGAGGGAGCUUUUACAGAAGUGAAGACGCCAUGGUUUAAUAUUCCAGUGCUUCUUCAAGCUUCACUUUCUUUCCCUCCUCAUGUAUGCAUUGGGAUCAGUCACUGAUAUUCCAGUCCCUUGGAUGUAGCUAAUUAUCAGCUUUGACUGCAUUCUCUCUCAUGGUCAGAUGUUCAGUGUCUGGCAUCAACUGACAGAUGGAUGAAGAGCUGUGCAAGGAAAACAAAACCUGAACUGAGCUAGUAAACUAAUGUUAUCCAUUUUUUGGUUUUUUUGUUUUGUUUUUUUUAAGAGAACUACAAAUCAUCAAGAGGGAGUGUGGAUAACUGGCUAGCUGAAAAGGGUCACAUAGACAUAGUCCAGCUGGCUGGACAAAAAUGCACAUCGCUCUCAGCUUAUCUGAAGUAAAGCAAAAUACACUGUCUUUGGCUGUCCUUGUUACUAAUAACAGGAAGAUCGCGGUGGGAAAAGAAUGUUGCAGGUGGGAACAGAAAACUACAGAAGAGAAACUAGGGGCGGGCUUGGUAUUUAGGCAACUAACCAAUAAUGAGCUUAACUUUUGUAAUAUGUAUGAGCUAAUUAUAAGAAGGCAUAAAAGGUGACUGUAAGGGACAAUAAACGAAGUCUGCUGAUCACUCA